GCCAUGAGACUCAGCUACCCCAGAUGGAGGUGGGAUGGGGCAGGGUAUCUCCAAGAGCUCUGUGUGGCUGAUCCUGCCUCUUUGCAGGCUGAGUGCUAUCACAGAGGGACACAGAGUUUGGGCCAAGUUCUGGCUUUGGGUUUAGGUUGGGGUCUCUGUUUGAGUGGGCCCACUCUCUGAGGUGGCCGGCAUUGCCGCUUUAAGAUAAGGGCGAGGAAGAAGCUCUCUAAGGCGCAUGAGCAGAGGUCACCAACAUGGCGGCGUUAUGGCGAGGCCUGAGGGCAGCAUGGCGUCCUCCGGUUCCCAGCCGUGGUCUGGCCAAACCUGCGGGGCCACCGAGCGCCCGGGGGCUGCGGGAAGCGGAUGAGGCCGCUCCGAUCUUCCAGUAUGUGGGAAAGGCGGCUAAGAGGAAAGAUCGCGUCUUCGUGUGGGGUUUCUCCUACUCGGGAGCUCUGGGAGUGCCCAGCUUCGUGAAGCCGGAUGAGGGAUGGAAGAAACCGCGGAGGAUCCAAGCGACGCCGUAUAGGCUGGAAACGGAGGAUAAGAUAACCUCUGCUGCCUGUGGGUACGGAUUCACAUUGCUGGCUUCUAACACCACCGACAUCACCAAAGUGUGGGGCAUGGGCCUGAACAAGGACUCCCAGCUUGGAUUUCAGAGGAGCAUAAGAGACAGAACUAAAGGCUACGAAUAUGUCUUAGAACCAUCUCCAAUUCCAUUACCACUGGAAAAGCCACAGAAGACUCGAGUCUUACAGGUGUCCUGUGGAAGAGCUCAUUCCCUGAUUCUAACAGAUAGUGAAGGAGUCUUCACCAUGGGAAACAAUUCUUAUGGACAGUGUGGUCGGAAAGUUGUUGAAGAUGAAAUUUACAGUGAAAGCCAUUUAAUUCAUCAGCUGAAUGAUUUUGACAGCAGAGUUGUACAGGUCGUGUGUGGGCAGGACCACAGUCUGUUUAGAACCAAGAAAGGUGCUGUCUUUGCAUGCGGUUGGGGAGCUGAUGGACAAACAGGUCUUGGACACUACAAUAUCACCAGUGUUCCAACAAAGCUGGGUGGUGACAUUGCUGGAGUAAACAUUAUCCAAGUCUCUUCCUAUGGGGACUCUUGUCUGGCUGUUUCAGAUGAGGGAGACCUCUUUGGCUGGGGAAAUUCAGAAUACUUGCAGUUGGCAUCUGUCACAGAAGCAACACAGGUGAAUGUUCCCAGACAUUUGCCAUUCAAGAUUGGGAAGAUAAAGGAGGCUGCGUGUGGAGGUACUGGCAAUAUUGUGCUAACUGAAGAAGGUGGUGUUUACGUCUGGGGAUAUGGAAUUCUUGGGAAAGGACCAAACCUAACUGAAGCAGCAGUGCCAGAGAUGAUUCCCCCCAGCCUUUUUGGAUGGUCAGACUUCAGUCCGGAUGUCCGUGUUGCUCACGUUCGCUGUGGACUCAGCCACUUUGCAGCACUUACAAACAAAGGAGAACUCUUUGUAUGGGGCAAGAAUCUAAGAGGGUGCCUGGGAAUUGGAAGAAUGGAGGACCAGUAUUUCCCAUGGAGGGUGACUAUACCCGGCGAAGUGGUGGAUGUUGCAUGUGGAGUUGAUCAUAUGGUGAGCAUGGUUAAAUCUUUCAUGUAGCAUUGCUGAGCCCUGGCGCUGUGCUUUGAAGAUGAGGGUCGUGGUGAAGAGCUUUUUGGAAUGGAAGACUCACUCCAGGGAACCAGGCAAGAAGUGACUGUGAGCAGAGACAGCCGUAACAGUGCCUGGGUGUGCUGUCAUCUCUGCAUUGUGGAAAUGCUCCAGCCUGGCUGCAAGAAGGAACUACAUUCCCCAAAGAGAAUGGAAACACAGGGAGUGCUCUGGCAGCUUCAUGGCAGGCUCCCAGAGUGUCUGACACCCAGCCCACAGCUGGUGAGUCCCUCUGGGAGUGAAGAUGAAGAGCAUCGAUUUCCCUCAGGGAAGACUGGCAGGAGAUGAAGUUUGUAGCUCAGGACAUUCAUUUGUGGAUGCUUUCUCUGGCACAUCAGUGUUGGACUGAGCCAAGCUAUUUCUCAAGAGAAAACUUUUUAUUUUUGCUGCUAUGUUUUUAUGUGGAAGAAAACUCAUUCUGGUGGUUGGAGUCCAGCACAACUGUCCCCAGCAUCCACCACCAGCCCUGGACUCUGAAGACUUUGCAUCCAAGAAACACAUUUGUUAAACCGGGAGAGUGAAAACUUGUCUGCAGGGGGAAAGUACUGCAGUACCACUGCUAUGGAAACACAGAUUGAUGGACAGUGGAAAUAGGCUGCAAACAAAGCUCCCUUCUGACUACAUGCAGUGGAAAUGAGCAGCACUCGCUGUUUGUCGGCACUUUGUCUUCAUGCUGCUGCCUUUGACUUUUGGAUGUUCUUGCAGUCUUUCUCAUCUAUGGGGCUAUGAUUAUUCCCAGUUGUAAAGAGCCUCAUUGAAUUAGCCUGGCAGUUCUGCAAGGCAUGUCAGAGGAGGGAGUCCUGGGCUAGAAGCAGUUACUGCAAAGCCUUUGUUUCUUGGUACCUUCUUGAUACCAGCUAAAGGAGAUGGGGUGCAGAACUUGUCAGCACUGAACUGGGAAACUGCUGUGAAAUACUCCAAACCUCAGGCAGAGUUGUGUCAUUUGUCUCUCUAGGAGAUACCUCUACUUUGUAAACUAGGAUUUUUUGGAAAUCCAAGCAAGUGGUUUUUAAUAAAGCCAUUAUAAAGUCUUUGUA